AGUUCAUGGAACAUAAGAAAAAAGAAACAAUUGAAAACAGUAUAGAAGCGUUUCCCGCCAUUAUAUUAUAUGUUAUAAGUUUUUUUGGACGUCUAUUUAUCGUUUUUUUCUUACGAUUUUCUUCAGUUUUAUUUUAUAUCCAAAGAAUGUGAUAUUGUUUUUGUAUACAAUAAUUGUUUAUUGAAAUUAAAUAUUGACAAAGUAAUAAUGAGCGAGGCACAAGAAUUCCCUUCUGGUAGAGCUAGAAGGCAAAAACCUGAAAAAAGUGCAUGUGCCUUAGCAUUACAAAAGUUGAAACAAUUGAAAGGUAGUAAGAACAAAUAUGAGAUUGAUGAAUUGGAAAAUGUUUAUGAGGAAGUCGAUGAACAGGAAUAUUCUAAGACUGUUCGUAAACGGCAAAAUGAUGAUUGGAUUGUUGAUGAUGGUGGAAUUGGUUAUAUAGAAGAUGGUAGAGAAGUCUUCGACGAUGAUUUAGAUGACAGUAGUAUUCAGAAUGCGAUGAAGUAUAGUACUUCAGGACCUAGAAAGAAGAGAAAAAUUGUUACUAAAAGCAAAAGGAGUAUUCAAGAUAUGAUUAUGCAAAUGCCCUCUAAUUCGAAAAGUAAAAAUACUUUUGAUGAUGAUAUUUUAGGAGAUUUAAUGAGCGAACUUAAAAAAGAAGAUACCAAAAAAGUACCUGUUAUAAAAAAUAGUAAAAAUAAAUUAUGUAAAACAUAUUUUUUAAAUAAUAAUAGCAAUCAAGACAUGGAGAAAAAGAAAAAAGUAACAACAGGUGACAACGAUGUGCUUUCAAUGAUUGACAUUAUUACUAUUAGUGAUGAUGAACCAAUGUUUGAUACAUUAAAUAAAAACGGUUCUACAAAAGAAUUACCAGGUAUCAAAACAUCAAAUAAUGGUGCAUGUGUUCAAAGUACAAGUCAAGAAAUUACUAACGAUGUCAGCGAUGAGUCUCAGACUGUAAGCAUAGAAAAAUAUAGUAAUAUGAAUGAAGUAUCGGGUACUCAAAUAAUUGAAGAUGGAAGUAUAGACAUCAGUGCAUAUAUCGGAGAUUUGUCUGAAAUAGAUUUUGAGAAUUCAAGUUUAAACGAAAAUGAACAUUUGAAAGAAUCAGUGCCAACGACUUCGAGAGCUGAGAAUCAUUCUAAGAUUAAAUCUCCAACACUCUGCAAAGAUUCUGAUAUAUUGGAGGAAAAUCAGGAAAUUUUUAAUGAAAUAUGGAACGAUGAUUUUGGAAUACAAACAACAAAUGUUGAAGUUUCUGCAGAGAAUUCAGAUGUGUCUAUACCAUUUAUUAAAAAUUCUGCUGGAGAAGAAAUAUUUCGUUUUUAUUGGUGGGAUGCAUAUGAAGAUUUUUUUAAGCAGCCAGGCACCGUAUUCUUAUUUGGAAAAGUUUAUAUUCCAUCUACCAAAACGUACUGUUCUUGCUGUCUUACAGUAAAAAAUAUUCCAAGAAGGAUUUAUCUUUUACCUCGAGAAUAUAUAAAAAAUUCUUCCGAUUCUGAACAAAAACGAACUAGCAUGCAUGAUGUGUAUCAGGAGUUCAAUGAAUUUGCUAACAAAGUAGGAAUUAAAGAAUUCAAAUCUAGUCAAGUUUCAAAGUAUUAUGCUUUUGAGCAAGAAGAUGUACCGAAAUUUUCAGACUACUUAGAAGUUAGAUAUUCUACAUAUUAUCCACUUAUUGAUUCAGCGUAUUCGGGGCCUGCUAUAGAAAAAGUUUUUGGAACAACAGUUAAAAGUUUAGAGCUUCUACUUAUAGAAAGAAAUAUCAAAGGUCCUUGCUGGUUGGAUGUCAAAUGUGUAAUUCCUACAGGAGUAAAAUCUAGUUGGUGUAAAUUGAAUGUUACGUGCAUGAAAAUGGAAAAUAUUUCAGUUAGUUCAGAAUCUCAAAACUUAUCAAUACCUCCAAUGACAAUAGCAACAUUAAACGUUCGUGUAUCCUCACAUUCCAAAUCGCAACAAAAUGAAGUAGUAAUGGUUGGAAUUCUUCUUCGUCGUAAAUAUAAUAUUGACAAGGAACGGCCAAAACCACCAAAUUUAUUUGAACAAAGUUUUUGUGUUAUAACUAAACCACGAGAUCUUUUAUGGCCAAGACAAGCACAAGAAACACUAUCAAAAAUAAAAUAUACUACAAUAAUAAAAUGUGAUAAUGAACAUGAUCUACUCGAAGAAGUACUUAAAAUAAUAGAAAAUGUAAAUCCAGAUUUAUGUAUUGGUUAUGAUUGUGGAUUUCAAUUUGAUGUUUUGUUACAUAGAAUUUUUAAUCUUCGAGUAUUAAACUGGAGUAGAAUUGGAAAAUUAAGACGUAGUACACAUCCUAUUAUUAAAGGAAAAAUCAAUAUAGGUCAAGCAUUUGCUGGCCGUUCUGUUUGUGACAUACAAAGUUCAGCCAAAGAAUUAAAUUUAAAAGUUAGGAGUUAUGAUUUGGAAUCUCUUUGUAUAGCAGUAUUAAAACAAAAUGAAAAUGAAUACAAAGAAUUAAAACCUGGAGAAUGUCCUUUGUUUUAUGAAUCGAUAGAAAAAAUGGAAAAUCUCAUAAAACGUACAUUAAUGGAAGCAUCGUAUAUUUUGUCUAUAACAUUUGAACUUGAUAUAUUACCACUUGCAUUGCAAAUUACGUCUAUAGCUGGUAAUACUUUAUCAAGAACACUAUCAGCUGGCCGUUCUGAAAGAAAUGAAUACCUUUUAUUACAUGCUUUUUAUUUAAAAAAUUACAUAACACCAGAUAAAUUGCAAGGAAAAAUAAAUAAAAAUACCGAGGGUGAUAAUCCUAGAAGGAAAAAAGCAGCUUAUGCGGGUGGUUUAGUCUUAACUGCACAAAAAGGGUUUUAUGAUACGUUGAUUUUAUUAAUGGAUUUUAACUCUUUAUACCCCAGUAUAAUACAAGAGUACAAUUUAUGUUUUACCACGGUACCAGGUGCAGCAUAUGCUAAUUAUGAGGAUUUAGAAAUACCAGAUUCGAGUUUAGAACCAGGUAUCGUUCCUACAGAAAUACGUAAACUCGUGGAAAGUAGAGUUGAAAUAAAAAAAUUAAUGAACAAGCCUAAUAUUUCUUCCGAGUUAAAAAUGCAAUAUAAUAUACGACAAAUGGCUUUGAAACUCACUGCGAAUUCAAUGUAUGGAUGUUUAGGUGCAGCCCAUUGUAGAUUUUAUGCUAAGGGAUUAGCUGCUCUAAUAACAUCAAAGGGUAGAGAAAUAUUGCAAGAUACAAAACGUAUGGUGGAAAAAUUAAAUUAUGAUGUUAUUUAUGGCGAUACUGAUUCUAUAAUGAUAAAAACUAAUAUUCUUGAUUAUGAUGAAGUUUUUUCUAUUGGAAAAAAGAUAAAACAAGAGGUUAACAAGUUAUAUAAAAAAGUAGAAUUAGAUAUUGAUGGUGUAUUUCGUUAUUUAUUACUUCUACAAAAGAAAAAAUAUGCUGCUGUUACUAUGGUUAAAUUACCAAAUGGACAGAUUAAACUAAACCAAGAACAUAAAGGUUUGGAUAUUGUUAGAAGAGAUUGGUGUCAGUUAGCCUGUGAAACUGGAAAGAAAAUUUUGAAUCAACUAUUUUCCGAACAAACCAACGACACACGAAUAGAAGAAAUUUUCACUAUUUUACAAAACGUUUCACAAAAAGUUAGAGAAAAUAAAGUGCCUUUAUCUUCAUUAAUUGUUACUAAACAACUUUCCAAAAAUCCCCAUGAAUAUCCUGAUAGAAAACAGCCUCAUGUUUUGGUUGCAUUGAGAUUAAACAAGGAUGGUGGAAGGAUGUGGAAAGUUGGUGACACUAUAUCUUAUAUUAUAUGCGAGGAUGGAACAGAUAAGUCGGCUACGGAAAGAGCUUAUCAUAUUGAUGAAUUUAAAAAAAAGGAUAAUUUAAAAAUUGAUAUUAAUUAUUAUUUGAUGAAUCAAAUACUUCCAAUUGUAUUAAGAAUUUGUGAACCAAUAGAAGGAAUAGAUGAUGUAUUAUUAGCCAGGAAUUUAGGUUUAGAAAACGUUUAUAAGUCGAAAGCAACAGUCAGCGAAGACAACCAUAAAGCACUCAUUUCAAUAAAUGAUGAAAAGUUUAAGUACUGCUUACCUUUUAAGUUUAAUUGCAUAAAUGAAAAAUGUGGAGCUGAAAUCACAAUUAAUGGUGUUAUAUCUGCAUUUCCUGAAGGUGAUCGUCUAUCAUUAAGCAAGUGUUCUAAUCUAGAAUGUACAAUGCCUCCAUGGAAAUAUAUCAAAGUCAUACAAAACAUUUUACAACUUGCUUUGAGAUCUUUUAUAGAUACUUAUUAUGAAUGUUGGAUAGAGUGUGAAAAUCCUCUUUGUUCAUACAGAACUAGAAAAAUGCCAUUAUCUUUUCAGGGAAAGUAUCCUAAAUGUACUAAAUGCCCAAAUGCUUUUAUGCAUAAAGUUUACUCGGAUAUUCAACUGUAUAAUCAACUUUUUUACUAUCAUCAUAUUUUUGAAAUAAAUCAACCUCAAUACAAGUCUAUACUAAGCAGUUAUUCGCGGGAAAUAAUAUCAGCAUAUGACACUUUAAGGGAGACUGUUGACAAAUUCUUAUAUUCUAGCGCAUAUUCAAAUAUAAAUUUAAAUGCAAUAUUUUCAAGCAAGGAAUCAGACAAUCGUAAAUUAUCCGAUAAAUAUUUUGUACAAGAUAAAGGCCUUUUCGAAGAAACAUAUAAUUUUACUUGUUCAAUGAUGGAUGAAUUAGAUGAUGAGAGUGAUAUAUUGAAUUUAAGUAACAAAACACUUUCAACGAACACGGGCACUUAAAACAAAUGUAAUUGAUGCAUUUUUUAUUAUUUUCUUCUUCUUCGUCUGUUUGUUAGGA